AUGCCCUCUCCAAAAACAGACCAAAGGACACAAGUAGACAGUGAUGGUCUGGUACCUUUUGACCAUGUUGCUGCGGGGCAUGAUGGUGUUCGCUGUACACUCUCCGGGGCCCUAAUCGCAAAGCCCUGUACAAAACAAGAAGUAGAUUUCUACGAAUCUAGUGCCCUCCACCCAGCCUUUCAAGAGUUCAUACCCCUUUUCAUCGGAUGUCUAUCUUCGGCUGAUCAGCAACAGCCAGCGGCUGUUGCUGCAGCUCAAGAAUCUGGGGCUUUGUUCCUCCCAACCCCUUCAGAUGCUCCGACAGCUCCCGCACGUGCUAUCGCUGCCGAAUCCGUAUCACAACCCACACCGCGAGAUAUGGGACCGAGUAAAGGGCUCGAAAAGCCCUGGGUGCCCUCGGGAGGUAAAAAGCUGGAAACAGGCUUGUCAAUUGUGCUAGAGAAUGUGGCUUGUGGGUUCCGACGGCCCAAUGUGCUGGACGUGAAGCUUGGAGCGCGUCUUUGGGCCGACGACGCACCGCCUGCGAAGCGCAAUAAACUUGACAUUGUAUCCAAAGAGACGACCAGCUCAACAUUGGGAUAUCGCAUUGCAGGUAUGAAGGUGUGGAUGGGUGAAAAUGGUGAGACUGAAGGCGGGCGGACCGCACCUAUAUACGAAGGGUCUGAAUGUGUGAAAGGGAAGAUCAUUGAAAAGGAUGGCUAUCACCGUUAUGACAAGUGGUAUGGGCGUUCCUUCAACGAUCGCAACGUGAAGCAUGGCUUCGAGACCUUUCUUGCUGGUGCCAAGGCAGGGAAGAUGGAUCGCUCAAAAUUAGUCGCGCAACGGCUUGUUGAGGAAUUACGGAAUGUACAACAAGUGCUUGAAUCUGAGGAGAGUCGUAUGUAUUCGUCGAGUGUGCUGGUGAUCUAUGAGGGAGAUCCAGAAGCAAUGGAGUAUGCUCUGGAAGAGGAGAAGAAAGUCCCCGAGUCAAAAGAUGACGAGGAAGAGGAUGAUAAUGAAGAGGUCAAUUUUGAAUUCACCGAAGAACCCAUGGAGCUUCUUGAUUUUCCUUUCGCAGAUGGGAUGCCCCAGCAAGCCAUCAAUAUCACCGUUGACCCCUCAACGGUGAAGAUACCAUUUCUGGACAACGAAGAGGACGAAGAAGAGACACCCAAAGUUCAUGACCUGAGAAUUAUAGACUUCGCACAUGCUAAAUGGACUCCUGGCGAAGGUCCAGAUGAGAACAUGUUGCAGGGGAUUCGCAGCUUGAUCAAUAUGUUUGAAGAACUUGCUGAGUGA